AUGUACAAAACUAGUGUGGACUCAGCGAUCAGUAAAAUAUGCUGUAACGGCACUCUUCUGGGCAAACGCCUGAUAUUCGAAUUGUUGAGAAACCAGCUACCAGAUAAUAUCCACAUUAGAAGGUUAGCCGCCAUCAAACGAAAAGUCUCUGGAGUGAUAGAUUUUAUGAAUCAGCUGCCAUCAUGCUCUGGUUUAGAGAGCAGCGGGCCUUCGCAGUUGAGAGCUUCUUUUUUAACGGUCGCUCACUUGUUACUACGCAACGUGCCUUCCGCGCUCGCUUUGAAAUUCCUCCUCACAGACUCGUUCCUGGCCGUAAUUCGAUUCUGUCGUGGUUUAACUCAUUUCGGGAGUGAGUUUCGGGAAGUGUCGCUAAACCCAGAAAUGGACUUCAACGGACCAUCAGAACUCCGGAAAAUAUCGAAAGAGUGA